ACUAACGUCUUCACUUUCGGUUUGAGUUGUUGCGCAGUUUUUGCCGUCGUUUUUAUACGAAGAGAAAGCACCGUCUUCUGCCAGAGACCGUCUUAAAACAAAGAAUCAUGAAGGAGUUGGUUUUCCUGGUCAUUGUUCUCUACUCGUCUCAUGCUGUUCUGGCUAAAACAGUGUCACCAAAGGUGCAGAUCUACAGUCGCAACCCUGGGCUGUACGGGAGCAAAAACGUCCUCAUCUGCCACGUCAGCGGCUUUCACCCACCAGAGAUCAAAAUCGAUUUGCUGAAGAAUGGACAGGAAAUAGCUGACGUCAAGCAGACUGACCUGGCCUUUGAGGAGAACUGGCACUACCACCUCACCAAGCACGCAAAUUUCACUCCAGCGGAUGGAGAGCGCUACAUUUGCAGAGUGACACAUGUGGGAAAGACAACAUUCCAUGAAUGGGAUGCUGAUGUGUAAGAUGUACACACUGUUACUCUAGGUGUCUUCUGCUUGUAAAGGAUGAAGUUUGGAGUUUGCCUAUAAUGCUGAAUUUGUGAAUUUUGGCUCUCACAGAAAGUAAACAAGAACUUAACAAGUAAACAAAUUGGAACUUAAAAGUGUUUUUGAGCUUUCCGAAUAGAGUAAGGUAAAAUGACACCUAAGAUUGAAAGCGGAAUAACUUUUGUACGUUUCAUUUUCCUUAUUUUGUCUCUGAUUAUUGUCUUGGAUCUGGCUAUUUUAAACUCGUCUUACUUUGAGUCAGCAUGGCAGCCAUGUGAACAGCAAGUCAGACUAAAUCUAAAAAAUACUAAACAAUCAAAAUGAUAUUUACAUUUUGUCAUUUACUAUAUUAAUCACAUGCAGUCUCCUUUCUGAUGGUGUGAGGUUAGAGCAGACUAAAUCUGCAUUUUAUCUUAACUUUUAUGUUUUAUCUAUAAAGCUUCAAAGGUGAUUAAAGAAAAAUUCUGUUGGGAUGCAAUAACUUUGAAAUGAUUUCACUGGAUUUUUGUAUAUAUGAUUUAAACAUAAAAUAAAAUUGGCUAAGAUUUA